CUCUAUGGCAUAGGGUACGUCGACCAGUCCUACUCCAUCGGGUUCUUCAGCAAAGACACUUUAACAUUGACUCCCACCGAUGUGUUGCCUAAUUUCCGAUUCGGCUGCGGCCAGAGCAACCGCGGCCUAUUCGGUGGCGCCGCCGGAUUAUUAGGACUCGCGCGAAAUCAAUUGUCCGUCGUCUCGCAAACUUCUUCAAUGUACCAAAAAUACUUCUCCUACUGCCUUCCAUCAACGUCGAGCUCAACCGGACACCUAACAUUCGGAAAAGGAGGAACCUCUAGUGCCUUAAAGUUAAAUUUCACCCCAUUUUCCAGAAACUCAAAGAAUCCAUCGUUCUACUUCGUCCAUAUAACGGGGAUCAAAGUCGGUGGACGGAAACUAUCCAUCGCAAAAUCAGUGUUCAAGACCACGACAUCGAUCAUAGACUCCGGCACCGUCAUCACCCGCCUACCGCCGGCGAUUUACAGUGCUUUGAGGGUGGCUUUUCGACAAAAGAUGACGAAUUAUCCGAUGACUAAAGGUUUGUCGAUGCUUGACACAUGCUAUGAUCUGAGCAACAACAAAACGGUGUUAAUUCCGAAGAUACGCUUUUAUUUCCAAGGCAAUGUGAAGGUUCCGAUCUACCCGACGGGGAUACUUUUCGGGCAUAGUGUAUCGCAGGUGUGCUUGGCAUUUGCAGGGAAUAGUAAUGCUUCGGAUGUGGGUGUUUUCGGGAAUCAUCAGCAGAAGACAUUGGAGGUGGCGUAUGAUGUUACAGGAGGGAAGUUAGGGUUUGGCAUUGGAGGGUGUUCUUAAGCUUAGCUAAUUAACAAUGGAGAUAAGCAUUUAUAUAUAUAUUCAACAUAACACCUGGUUUUUUUUUU